AUGGAUCGUCCGUAUGACAGUGCAUCACGAUAUCGUCCGUCUGUAUUUGAUCGGCUAGGUAGAGUACAAGAUCCUAUCCAUGCUCGAGACAGACAAAGUCGUCCAGAAUAUCCAGGAGACUAUCAACGUCAUCCAGUGGAUGACGGUAUGACAAGACCGGAACCUAUUCUUUCUCGACGACGAUCUUCCGAAUUCAGACGGUUGCCUCCCAGAGGUCCGAUCGACAUUAUACCUGAACGUCAUAUCAGCAGAUACUCAUCACCGCCGCCCUUCAUUCCUUCGACAGUUUCACACCGUGACGACAGACACAGAAUGGCCUUUCCAUAUCAAUCUCGUCACGAAGUAUCGCCUAGACGAUCAAGUCAAGAUAGAUUGCGCGAACCCGUACGAAGUGAUAGAUACCGUCCGACUUAUGGAGAACCGAAGUCGCAACGUCGACGCAGCGCGGAAAAGAUGGGGCCUUUGGAUUCGCAACAAAACGAUAGACGUUUGGAUGAUCGAAAACUGCACAGCAGCUCGUCCUAUCGCCCAUCUUCCUACCCGCUUGAACCGCAACGUAUCCAACCAGCACAUCCAGAGAGAGAACGCAUUAGUCAUAACGACAUUCGUUACGGGCAUGCUGAUCGUGGUGAACGAAAUGCAUCACAACAUGAACGUGGAUCUAAACGCCAGUACGAUACAUAUGCGACAACCGAUAGCAACCAAGUUUCACAAGAAGACAGUCAUCGAAGUGAUAAGGGCCAUCGAACAUUGGAAAGAGCGUCGGCACCCACACAUGAGACGUCUGCAAGCACGAAAAGGGAGGCAUGCGUAAGUAGCGUGGAAACUGGUGAGCAAACAAAGAUUGCGCAAACCGUCGAACGUGCAGGAUCACCCCAUGUGGUCGAUGCCAAGUCAAAAAACAAGAGAGACGAACCACGAAAAAGACAUGCAACUGUACGCAAAGCUUCGAUGAAAGAAAAUGUGAUCUCCUUGGAUCUUGAUGACGAUGAAAUUAUGCGCCCAGAUUGGGGUGGUGAUUCCGAAGACGAAGCGCAACUGUUGGAGUUGAAAGAGAAAGAACGACCUCCGUCGCCACGUGUACCGUCUGUGAAGGAUAAAGAAGAGUCGAAACGAUCUCGCUCGGAAUCAUCAUCGCAAGCCGUACCUCAGAACAAAGUACCGCCACCAGCAUUUGACGAGCCAGCGUUAAAUAAGAAAGACAGCGAUGAGUUACCCCAUCCUUGGCGACAGGUUUUAUCGAGAAAGGGUCAAGUUUACUAUCAUAAUCCAGAGACAGGGAAAAGUGUGUGGGAUAGGCCCACGAUUAGGUCCUCAGCCACAAAGGAUAUCGACCCUAGUCGCGCCAACCGAUCACGUUACCCCGAUCCAGCCUCUCGACAAAUGGAAGAUCAAGUCCCCGCACCACAGAAAGUUGGAGGUAUUCGUGCGGACACAACACGUUGCCGUGGAAGAGACGGCAUAUUAUCACGAGAAACAGUGACGGAAACCACGAUGACGUCGGUUCGUCGUGUUGACAGUGCGCCCAUUGUUAAGCGUCCUCGCUAUGAUGACAGAAAGGAUAUGAAUUUCCACGAUAGAGACAUCGAACGACGAGAACGACGAGAACGACCAGAACGACCAGAACGAACUGUUAGAUAUGAAGAUGUUUAUCCUCGACGCCGUCCGUCUGUGCAACGCUUCCCGUCCACCGCGGCGCCAAACGCCCCUUUCUUGUUUGAUGAUAGACGCCGUCGCAGUAUUGAUCGAGCGAUGCCCUUGAGUGAUCGCGGCAGAUCGUCUUAUUACAGUGAUCGGAACGUACCAAUACCUCGUCGUGAUGAACUUUUUCCUGAACGACCUAGACGUGGGGAUAUAGGAUAUAUCGACCGUGAAUUGCCACGUGGAAACGAACCCAGAAUAGACUCUCCAAGAAGGCGAAUUUACCGGUAG